CUUAAGCUCUCAACAAACCUGGUCACGUGUUUAUAAGUAAACUGAUGAACAGGGAUCUUUAAGAAUACAUUAGCCAGUCGAGUAAUAUAGAACGUCUAUAGUCUUAUAUUUGAGAUGAUUGAUUUGUAAAGAAAAAAAAAACACGGAUUAACAAAAGAAACAAAAAUGAAAACAAAAGUAUUAUUUUUGAUUUUAUUUUAUUGUUUAUACGUGCAUAGUGAGGCCGCUGAUUGUAAUACAGUGCAUCCUGGCUCACCAACGUUUAUGAAUUGCCAGUAUAGGUGUCACUGUGUAAAUGACGAUCAAUGUAGCGAGCAAACAGGAUAUUGUUCAAACGGUUGUGCACCAGGGUGGAUGGGUCCAGGAUGUCAGUACCGUAACAUUGCAAUAUACAAGUCAAAUAUACAAAGCGUUGAUGGAUCAAACGUUUCAGCGGCAUUUGACGGAAACAAUCAAACGUGUUCUUAUACCACUAGAAACGGCACUGCUGGUCAACAUUGGUUAGCAAUUGAGUGGAGCAGAGAAUAUCUCAUUAAAGGACUUGUUCUUAAGAUUCAUAUUGAUGAUUCAGAAUUUUAUUCAAACUUCCUUGUUGAAACAGGACUUAAUGAUUCAGACUACAAUAAUAUAUGUUAUCAACAUCCUGACUCACAAGGUUUAGCUGAAAUGGAGAUUAUGUGUCAGCAGCCUGUAAGAACAAAACAUAUCAGAGUCAAACUUUUCAUUGAAGAUGUUUCACUGCGUAUUUGUGAGGUUGAGAUAUACGGAGGCAGAGUUACUUCUUUCAAUAAAGAGACUGAUCAAAUUUCAACAUAUGAGCAGUUUAAUUCAUCGAAAAGUGUAGAUGGACAUAAUCUUUCAAACUUUUCUGGAAAUUUUGAACCGGCAACAAGAGAAACGUGUUCAGCAACCCAACCAACUGAAGAAAACCCCUGGUGGCUAGUCAAUCUUGGACAAAUAUUUGAAAUUCAAGACAUCUACUUUUAUGGGAGACGUGAUAAAGAGGAACAAUUUAGAGGUUUUAACAUAUCAGUUGGUAAUUUGUCUGAAACAAUAACACAAAUGAUAUUUCAAGAUACGCAAGCUGAUUCUACAGCUGCUGAUUAUCAACCAAUGAGGACAAUGCUACAGGAAAUAAAAAUUGGUCAGUUUGUUCAAAUCAAAAGGGAAGUGGAUAGCGAUAUUCUCACUAUCUGUGAAGUUCUCGUUUUUGCAGAUUGCCCUAUUAAUAGCUGUGGAUGGGACUGCACGUUACAGUGUUUUUGUCACGAAGAGAUUACCGGAAAUAUGAAAAUUGCUGGUAUUUGUCCAAAUGGUUGUCUUUCCGGAUGGACUGGAAUUAACGGCACCUGCAAUAGAGAAUGUGUUAAUGGAACAUAUGGGAUCAAUUGUGCAGAAAGUUGUGGAUAUUGUGAUUCAGGAAUGAUAUGUGACCGUUUCAGUGGUCAUUGUCCAGAUGGUUGUUCAGCAGGCUAUAUCGGAGACCUCUGUAUAGAUGUCUGUAGGAAUGGAACAUAUGGUAUAAAUUGUACACAUGAAUGUGGUUAUUGCUUGAAUUCGUCGUGUAAUCAUGUAAACGGAAGUUGUGAUGAAGGUUGCCAGGCUGGCUGGUCAGGGGAUUAUUGUACAGAAAAAUGUAGUAAUGGAACGUAUGGUAUGAACUGUUUACAAGAAUGUGGGAAUUGUAUAAACAAUGAGACAUGUGAGUACAUUACUGGUAAAUGUGACAACGGAUGUGAAGAUGGAUGGAAAGGCGAUACUUGUGUCGAAAAAUGUGACGAAGGGUCAUACGGGAGUAACUGCUCAGGAAGAUGUGGGUACUGUAAAGGACACGUCACAUGUGAUCACAUGACUGGUCAUUGCCAUGGUAACUGUGAUGCUGGUUAUACAGGAAGUACAUGUACAGACGCAUGCAGAAAUAAAACGUAUGGUACAAACUGUUCAGAAGUAUGUGGGCAUUGCUUAAACAAUGAUGUUUGUAACCAUGCAAACGGUUUCUGUAUACGUGGCUGCGAGGCAGGAUGGCAGGGUGAUAGAUGCAUAAAUGAAUGUGAUAUCGGUAAAUAUGGACAAAAUUGUCGUGAAACCUGUGGCAACUGCUACAAACUGUCUGACUGCAAUAGAUAUGACGGGAUCUGUCAAUCAGGUUGUUCAGCGGGAUUGAACGGCUCUCAUUGCAAAGAACAGUGUAGCAAUGGUACAUAUGGACUUGAUUGUAAAUUCAAAUGUGGUAAUUGCCAGGCAAAUUACUGCAUACAUACAACCGGGGCGUGUCCUUUAGGGUGUCUACAAGGGUAUGACGGCGAAACGUGUAUCCUUAAAGUGUCAGGACCAUCUACGUCUCCAACAGCAACAAUUGUUGGCUCUAUUGUGGGUGUAGCAGUUUUAGUAGCAAUAGUUUUAGCCAUUUUGAUUUUUCGAAGACUAAAACAGAAUCGACUACCUGGAAAAAAAGGAAGAAAAGCUGAAAAUGAAUUAUCCAAUCCACACGCAUUAUGGAGUAGGGACAGUUCGAAAAGUGGCACGGUCGAAAUUGAUACUCCGACACAGGAAAUUGUCACAAAUGGAACUAUGGAACCUGUUUAUUCGAAUGAUUCUAGUGGACCAAAGCCCAUUCAGAUAUCACAGUUACGGAAUGUUUGUCAGUCAGCUAAGAAUAAUCCUUCGUCUUUAUAUGCAGAAUUUCAGACGCUUCCAUAUGGUUUACAAUUUGAUGUCUCAGAAGCCAGGAGCAAGCAGUACAAAUCAAAGAACAGAUACAAGGAUAUGUAUCCAUACAAUGCAAACAGGGUUAUUUUGCCUGAGAUUCCUGGCGAUAAUGCGUCAACCUACAUUAAUGCCAGUUACAUAGACGGAUAUAAAACUCCAAAGAAAUAUAUUGCCGCACAAGGAGCUUUAGAGGGAACUGUAGAUGACAUUUGGAGAAUGGUGUGGUCACAUGAAAUUAAAAUUAUAGUCAUGCUGACAAGAUGCUCCGAAUUAGGCCAAAUAAAGUGCAUACAGUAUUGGCCGGACGAAGGAUCUAAAGUUUAUGGCGAUAUAUCUGUACAUGCUUCGGCAGUUGAAACAUAUUCAGAUUUUGAUAUAAGGAUAUUUAAUUGCUACAAUUCAGGUACAAUGGAACGACGGACAGUGUUACAGUACCAUUUCACAGGCUGGCCUGACAAAGAUGUUCCGGAUUCGGCUUUAUCGCUUGCUCAGUUCUGGGGUGCAGUCAAAAAGAGUUACGGUAAUAUCAAAGCACCUUUGCUUGUACAUUGCAGUGCUGGAGUUGGAAGGACAGGGACAUUUAUUGCCGUAGACUAUUUGUAUGAUCAAGGAUUGAGUAAAGGGCAUGUUGAUAUUUGUGCUUCUGUAAGAAAGCUACGUGAACAGCGUUUAAACAUGGUACAAACAACGGCGCAGUAUAUGUACCUCCAUGAAGUAGUUUCUGAGAUUCUUGAUCCAAUUGGAAUCGUUUAUAGUACAGACGAAUUUAUUGAAACGUGUUACUCUGUACUCUUGUCAGAAGAUAAUUUACUACAAGAAUACAAGAAAAUCGAAGAAUCAACGCAAAAGGAACAAGCAGCCGAAUCGGAAGAGGACAUUGUUUACAGCAAUCUCUCGAAGAGGCAAAUGGCGGACGCGCAUCUUACAGAAAAUAUACACAAAUCUAGAAAUCCUGAGAUAUAUCCCCUGGAUAUAAAUCGACCAAGGUUGAGCAAUGUUGAUGGCCGGAAUGAUUUCAUUAAUGCUGUAUUUGUAAAAACAUUCCGACAGAGGGAUCGCAUGAUAUUGACACAGGUGCCUUUAGAAGACACGGUUGUUGACUUCAUAAGAAUGCUUUGGGAGUUCGAUGUCCAAACAAUCCUGUUACUGGAAGAAAAAAUAGAGCGUGAAUUUGAAUAUUGGCCGUCACGGAAUGACGUUUUACAAAUUGGUCCAUUUAAAUCUGAGCUUGUAAAAGAAGAGAGGAAAUCUACAUACCUGCUCAGAACGAUUCGUUAUUGGUUAUCUGGACAGACCGAGCACAAAAUUGUGAAACAGUUUCAUUUUAAAGCUUGGUCUGGGGAUACUGCAACGCCGAAAGACACAGAAGCCGUUCUUAGCAUGAUCACUGAUAUGCAAAAUGUUAUUACGGACACAACAAAUCUUAUUACCAUCCAAUGCAAUGACGGUGCUAGGAAAAGUGGUGUUAUUUGCGUUCUGAUAGCUCUGUUUGAAAGAAUGAAAGCAGAUGGCGAGGUUGCUAUUGCUGAAACUGUCAGAAUGGUCAGGCAGAGUAGGCAACAAAUAAUCGACAGCUUUGAUCAGUAUAAAUUUUGUUACAGGACCGCUAAGGAUUACCUUGAGAGUGACAAUGUAUAUGCAAAUAUGUUAUGAACGUUAUAGGACCGUUUAUGUGACUUUCCAAGGGACCUUAAUAAAAUAGUCACAUAUGACAAGGAGUCUUUUAAUAUAGUCGCAAAGAAAAUCAAAAUUUUACAACCAUCUAUGUUCAAUAUUAUUGUGAUACAUUAUAUAUAUAAUAGAUGAAUUCGUCAUUAGAUACUAAUAUCCAACUUAUUUUUACAUUUAAUAAAGAAAUGCUUACCUAUGUUCUAAAUAAAUCUUUAUUUUUCCAACUUU